CUUCUCCCACUUCUCCCACUUCUCCCACUCUUGUGCUCCCAGUCCUAUCUCCUCUCUUGCCAUGAAAGAGGCAAGUGGAUGCGAAGAGCUAUCGCUGCCCUGGCUCUCAAGAGGCGUAUCGAAUUACAGCGAGGCGUAACUGUGCUAAGUUCUGAUAGUAGGACUUUAGCGCGGGUGAUAGUACUGCGCUAGUAAUAAUACGGUGUUCGGUUACCACUCCCCCACAGGCAGCGGACGACCUAAACAAGGAACUCGCCCACUGAUCACUCCUAUGCUCGUGCUUCCCUCACGGCCUGUAAUCUUACGAGGUUGCUGGCCUGGCUGCAUAACAAAACCACCAUCCCCCCCUUCGGUAUCCGUAAAUUCAAUUGUCGUCUCUUCCCCCCCCCAAGAAACCCAAUUGCCCAUCUUGCUCCACGCUGUGUCCCGCCUUCGUUCAGUCCAAGUCGUCGUCUUUCUUUGUCCGUGCAGGAGUCAGUCAACCGUCGACAGCCGCAUACCACACACCGACGAAUUACUUUCAGACCUCACACACCUCGUCAUCGCCCGCUGCUGCCCGCUGCCCACUGCCACCACCACACCCCAUUUGACCUUCCCGCUUUUCCCCCCCAUCGCAUCCCUUACCGACUCCACAUCGGUCCUCGAAUUGCAUUUGCCGGGUCCAUUCCCUUUGAGCUGUUCAGUCGCGCGAUAAGGGGAGAGCUGCUGUUGGACGCAAGGCUUCUGAACGAGAGGCGGUCGACGAUAGAGCCCUGUGAUCAAACAGCCCGGCAAGACAAACCGAGAGCCCUGUGCCAUUCGUCAAAAUGGUUUUAGGAACCAUCAAGUGCGUGGUCGUCGGUGACGGUGCUGUCGGAAAGACUUGUCUUCUGAUCAGCUAUACAACAAACAAGUUCCCCUCGGAAUAUGUCCCGACCGUCUUCGACAACUAUGCCGUCACAGUCAUGAUCGGAGAUGAGCCGUACACAUUGGGCCUGUUUGAUACUGCCGGGCAAGAAGAUUACGACCGCCUGCGUCCUCUCUCAUAUCCACAGACCGACGUCUUCUUGGUCUGCUUCAGCGUCACAUCUCCGGCCUCGUUCGAAAACGUCCGCGAGAAGUGGUUCCCCGAAGUGCACCACCACUGCCCUGGCGUUCCCUGCCUGAUCGUCGGCACUCAGGUGGAUUUGCGUGACGAUCCUUCGGUCCAGCAGAAGCUGGCCAAGCAAAAGAUGUCGCCCGUGUCAAAAGCCGACGGUGAGAGGAUGGCGAAGGAUCUCGGUGCUGUCAAAUAUGUCGAGUGCAGUGCCCUCACGCAGUACAAGUUGAAGGAUGUCUUUGAUGAGGCUAUUGUUGCUGCCUUAGAACCACCCACACCCAAGAAGAGCCGCCACAAGUGCCAGAUUCUUUGA